AGACGCAAACCUGUUGCUCCCGAGCUCAGGAGGCACAUAUAGCUCAGACAACACAGCGAGUCGGGGGGCAGUGAGGGUGGAGUGGCAGUAGAUGCACCAUCAAAAAGGAAGGUGGAGAAAAAUCAUCUGUCACUACAAGUGGAUUCCUUCGAAAGAUGAGAGGAAGGAAUUGGUGCAUGUUGAGAGAAGUCCUCAAUGGAGCUUGAUGGGUCUUUAAUGAGUUGCUGCCAAGAAAUCUUUCUCCAACUUCAGUCAUCCUGUGAAACCCUCGUGUGACUGGAAGGUGGAAAAUUGGCAUGGAAGGCGGCAGAUAUUUCUAACACACUUUGAGAAGGAAUAAGCAACAAAGUGAAAAAAUCUUCGGGCAAGAACUCAAUUUAUUUUAAGGACGUGAAUCAGAGAACCAAGUGACAGACAAGAGAAGGUUUGGAGCUCCAUAUUGACCACCCCGUUGCUCAUUUGAUUUGAAAUCAAGGGGUGGUGAAGGACGCUGAAACAGCCAUGGAUGAAGCUAGUGAUGUUGGUCAAGAGGCGAUGGUAAGUGAGGCUCUUGUUCAGUUCAAGGCCACCUUACAAGCUGCUGUGAAGGAGGUACAUGUGGAUGUAAGUGCUUUCAAGCAGCGCAUUGAGAAGAGGAUCGAGGACCUGUGCAUUUCCAACGGACCCUUGGCCGAUGCGGUGACCAGGCUGCAGGAGGAGAACCUGCAGCUCAGGGCCAAGCUGGAGGCCCUCAGCCACCUGGUGGAGGGUCUUGCUGGAGUGCAGAUCGACAGGAGUGCUGCUGAACUGAAGGUGAAGAGUGAGGAAAGUGUCAUAGAGAACGGACAUGUGCAGGUAGAAUCCAAGACCCAGGAGGACCAGAGGGGACUGGUUAACUCUGGAAGAUCAGAAAGCAUCCAGUCCAUCCAGUCCAUUUCCACGAUCUCUGAGCCAUCAGAGUCCAGUGGAGGAUCAAGCCAUGCUGCUGCUGCCGCCACUCCCAACAACAUCCCAACCCUUCCUCCAUGGAGAGCAAAGAGACAUGCUGAGCUUAACGGCACUGAUGCAAAAGGAGAGAAAAAUGUCGCCACAACUGUGCAAGAGAAUCACAAACAACAAGAAUCAGUCGACUCUGAUGCAGCCCAAAAUGCUGAAGCUGCUCCCCAGUCACACCAACCACUGACCGCCGUCACCAAACCCAGUCUGGAGCCUUCAGCCAUGGAAACACCCAGCGUACCGGAACCUGAAGAACCAGGUCCGAAUAAACCCCAUCUUCCUGUCACUGCGAUAAAUAAACCCAACACUGAAGCUCCAGCUGUUCCUGCAGAAACUCCAUUAAAGUCAGCAGAGUCUCCUGCUAAAUGUGAUGCUGAUGAACCUCAGCCUCACCUGCCCGUCACUGCCAUGACAACUAAACCCAGUUCAGAUGCUGUUCUUGCUGGCAAAGUUGCUUCGUCUCCAGCGUUAACCCCUAAAGCAGCCGGUCUAUGUGCAGCAGGAGAAGCAGGAGAAUAUCCUUUUGCAAGAGGUACAACUGGAGCAAAGAGUCUGAGGUCCCACGUUUCUCAGGAUCAGUCAGGCUCUGAGCCUCAAGCUUUGCCACAUCUUCCCCUCACAGCCGGAACUAAAAGCAGCUCCGAUGCUCCUGCUGCACCUAAACCUGACCAGAGUCCUGCUGCAGCACUGAUCCCUUCGAUCCCAGAAUCCCCGACGACGAAGCGAGGCCAAUAUCCCUUCAGACGUGACAUCAGUGAACCCAAACCUCACCUGCCUCUGUCUGCCCUGACCAAACCCAACACCGAGUCCUCACCGUCGGUUGCACCAGUUCAGCCUUCGAGUCUUUCAGCAUCACAGGAUCCUGCAGUGAAACCUGGUGAAUAUCCCUUUAAGAGAGUUCCAGUUCUGAAGACUCCCAGUCCCAGUCUGAAGAGAAGUGUCAGCUUCCCUCAAUCUGCAGAAAAAUUACUUCCCUCUAAAUCAAUCAUAAAAUCUGGUUUCUCGCCUAGUUUGGACAAGAAGGUGAACAAGCCAAUGGGGGUUGAGUUUAAGCCAGAUCUCAUGAAAUUGCAAACACUUCCUCGAUCCAGCGGGGCUCAAGCCAAAAGGGCCAUGUUUGAAAGGAUGAAUUCCGAACCUACAAAGCCAAAGGACUCCAAGCCCAAACUGAAACGCUCUCAGAGUUUUGGAGUUUCAAGUGCCAGCGGCAUAAAACAGAUUCUGUUGGAGUGGUGUCGCUCAAAAACCAUUGGCUAUCAGAAUAUCGACAUCCAGAACUUCUCAUCCAGCUGGAGUGAUGGGAUGGCGUUCUGCGCUCUGGUCCACUCGUUCUUCCCUCUGGAGUUUGACUACAACAGCUUGAACCCUGCGAACCGCAAACACAACUUGAGCCUGGCCUUCACCAUGGCAGAGCAGCAGGCUGACUGUCUACGUCUGAUCGAGGUGGAGGACAUGUUGGAGAUGGGGGACAAGCCAGACCCCAUGUGUGUGUUUACAUAUGUCCAGUCGCUCUACAACCACCUGAAGAAGUUUGAAUAACUAUGUAUCAGAGUAGAUGCCUAAGUCCAGAUGUUAUCAGAAAAAGCACAGUUUUCUCUACCAGACUAUAAAUGAUCAGUUUUAUACUGUUUGUGUGAAUUCACCAGUUUUAUUAGCAUUUAUAGCAAACUCAUUCUUAAAGUGCAGCUUCUUCUUACAUGUACUGUGGUGUGUGUGGCUCUAAUGUUGCUCUUUUUUGAAAAGAAAAAAGGAAUGAAGGUUAGAUUUUGUGUAAUUCUAAAAUUAAUACCAAUGUUGUAAUAAAAGGAACAUAUUUUUUGUUGAUCAACCAGCGUUUAACAAUGAACAAUUUUCUAAUAUAUGAUGAUGAUGAAGGCAUUCUGCAGAGCAAGUAAGAGUCAUUCCAGAAUUGUAGGACAUUUGAGCUUCAAAAUUUUUGAAAAACUAAUCUUCUCUUUUACAAUUUUCUGCUACAUAUUCAUGAGUAAUAGGUAAUAAACUAUCAAAGGCUUGAUUGGCUCAGCUUACA